AUGUUCGGCCUGCUACACGUAUGGUGGUGGUUGUACAAAACUCAACAAAGUUCAAAUGAAAAUGCACAAGGUUGCCUUCAAGUUGUGAGCAGGUAUAGGAAAUUCACCCAUGACGAGUUGAAGAAAGCAACUAGAAAAUUUAAGGAAGAAAUCGGAAGAGGAGGUGGUGGGGUUGUGUACAAAGGCAUAUUACCCGAUCGUAGUGUUGCAGCAAUCAAGAGACUCAACGAGGCUACGCAAGGGGAAGCAGAACUCUUAGCAGAGGUGAGCACCAUUGGAAGGGUUAACCACAUGAACUUGAUAGAGAUUUGGGGAUACUGCGUUGAAGGAAACCAUAGGCUAUUGGUUUACGAGUAUAUGGAGCGUGGAUCGUUCGCAAAGAAUUUUAUUUCUAGCAUCCGUGAUUGGGAGAGGAGGUAUGAUAUCGCGGUUGGUUCUGCGAAAGGCCUAGCUUACCUACACGAAGAGUGUUUGGAGUGGGUUCUCCAUUGCGAUGUCAAACCUCAAAACAUUCUCUUGGACUCUAAUUUCCAACCCAAGGUUGCGGAUUUCGGCCUCUCCAAGCUAGUAAACAGAAGAGGUGGUGGAAAGAGUUUGAGCUUUUCCAGAGUGAGGGGGACGAGAGGCUUCAUGGCGCCAGAGUGGAAUUCCAAUCUCCCGAUCACAUCCAAAGUCGAUGUUUAUAGCUACGGAGUGGUGGUGCUGGAAAUGGUCACGGGAAAGAGCCCGAUGACAACAGGUGGUCAGGGGUCUGAAAAUACAGGGGAGAUGGAACAGAGAGGGCUAGUGAAAUGGACGAGGGAGAAGAUGAAUAGAAAUGGAGAGAAUGAACUGUGGCUUGAAGAGAUCAUUGAUCCACUAAUGAAGGGGAAAUGUGAUUUAAGGAAGAUGGGAAUACUGGUUCUAGUGGCAUUGGAAUGUGUAGAGGAAGAUAAAAAUGCAAGACCCACCAUGAGUCAGGUUAUAGAGAGGUUUCUACCCCAUGAAAAAGGAUGACUAUUAAGAGGCAAAGAUGGAUAAAUGAUUGACUUGAAAUCAAGGGAUCUCAGUAUAUGGUUUCAGACUUUCACUUUAUGCAUGCUUGCUUUCAAUAUAGUCUAGCCUUUAGAAUAUUUAUGCAUCAUUCCUCUAGCUAUUAGAUAAUGGGUGUCUGAACAUUUUGUUUUCAUGUCUAUGGUAUAUUGUCGAUAGAAUGCGGAAUUGUGUUUUUUUUUUUUUGCUAAGCAAUGCGGAAUUGUGUUUCUGA